CAAUAUAAAAACGCAGUUGCGCACUUUCAGGCUUAGACACGAUUUUUGCAACUACUUAACAAGCAUAUGAAAGUUUAACCGGUUGUGUUACCCCCCAUUGAAGACUUAUUAUUAAUUUUUUUUCCUUGUUAUUUCGGUCUCUUGUGCUGCAACAUGCCGUUUCUGGGACAGGACUGGCGCUCUCCUGGUCAGAGCUGGGUUAAAACCGAGGACGGCUGGAAAAGAACGACAAAAGAGGAAAACGAGACGAAUAACAAUGUUUCUAAGAGCCAUGAAAGCAACCAAGAGGACUAUAACAAAGAAAAUCUGCUCCUUUCUAUUAAUUACGAUGUGGCCUCAAAGAAGAGAAAGAAGGAUUUGCUGAACAACAACAGCAAGGUUCCAUAUUUCCACAAAGACAAGUGGAUUUAUGUGCACAAAGGGAGCACCAAAGAGCGUCAUGGCUACUGUACUUUGGGAGAAGCUUUUAAUCGCCUGGAUUUCUGCAGUGCCAUCAAGGACACCAGACGAUUUAAUUACGUUGUGAGGCUGCUUGAGCUGAUUGCCAAGUCGCAGCUACCGUCUCUGAGCGGAGUGGCGCAGAAGAACUACAUGAACAUUCUGGAACGAGUGGUGCAGAAAGUUCUGGAAGAUCAACAGAAUGUGAGGCCCAUCAAAGAGCUGCUGCAGACGCUGUAUGUGUCACUUUGCAGUCUGGUGCAGGACAUGGGCAAGUCAGUGCUGGUGGGAAACAUUAAUAUCUGGGUGUACCGCAUGGAAAACAUCCUGCAGUGGCGGCAGCAGCUGGACAACAUUCAGAUUAACAGGCCCACAAGCACCGGGAUGACGCUCCUGGACUUACCCAUCAGUCUCCAGUUGAACAUCAUGCAGCGGCUCUCGGACGGGCGGGACCUGGUCAGUCUGGGGCAGGUGUGUCCUGACCUCGGUCUACUGACUGAGGACAGGCUGCUGUGGAAGAACCUCUGCCAUUACCACUUCACAGACCGACAGAUUCGCAAGCGACUCAUGGUAUCCGAUAAAGGACAACUCGAAUGGAAAAAGAUGUACUUUAAGCUGUGUCGUUGCUACCCUCAUAAGGAGCAGUACAGCGACACCCUGCAAUUCUGCACACAUUGCCACAUCCUGUUCUGGAAGGAUACAAACCAUCCCUGCACAGCCAACAAUCCAGAGAGCUGCAGCAUUUCUGUUUCUCCACAAGGUUUCAUCAACCUCUUUAAGUUCUGAAGGGACUUUUCUUGGUUUUCACUGUUUGUACAUAGUGUAUAUAAAGUCAGAAGUGCAAUAGAUUCCCAGAUGGCAUGAGAAAAGCAAGUCAACGUGAGGAAUUUGGAGUUUUGAAAUAAAAAGAAUCUGAUCUGUUUUUAUGAAUCUGAAAAAUGGAAAGAGGAGAAGGAAAAAAAAUCAGUAUGUAAAGGAGGUCCAUUUAUACGUAAUGGGUGCUCAUGUAUUAUGUUAGGCACAACUAUGUUUACUCCAGAGAUAAAUAUGCUUUGCUUGGUGCAAGCAGAUGGCGUUACAGUUUGCCCUCAUGCUGCAAUAAUUCUUUAUAUAAGUUGGGAUUUUUUUUAUACGACAUUGCAGUGGAUGAACUUCUGUUGGACCUUUAUUUUUGCAUUUGCAAAAGCAUGCUGGAGUUUUCAACAGAAAAUGAAGGAAAUGGUAUGUCCAUCAUUAUGGUGUGCAAUACUCUUCUAUGGAACUUUUUUUUUUUUUUCCACUUUUAUACGUUUGAUAUUUUUUGUUUGAAAUGUAUUUGCUGCAGAAAAUGCAAUGCGAGUCUACACUUGACUAUAGUAUGACCUAUUACAACACUAAAGUAUGGUGUAAUUUACAGUGUCAUAAUUCACAGAUGUUUCACGAAUACAAAUGUAGUAAGUGCACGUUGAAAUGUUUGUCAUUGUUAAUAGACACAUUCACAUGUUGCCUUUUGUGCAUACCAACAGACAAAAUGUUACUGAGCUAUGCAUUAAUGUUUGUAGCAUAUCUGAAUGUUUACUACCACCCGCAUGGUAUGAAUUUGAUACCAAAGAGCUGCUUAUUUAUUUGAUUAUGUUGUGUACCAUGUUAUUCUGACCAGGAAUAUAGAGGCCCUCUCUUUUCUUCUUCUUUUUUUUAAUUUUUUUUUUUAUGCAAUAUCCCACUUGUGUUCAGUUAUGCAAACACUGAUACUCUUGAAGAGCAAGCCAGAAUACAUCCUGCUCCCAUUGGGUGAAAAAUAAACCAUGGUCUUUUAUUUCUGUGUAGUGUGUU